CAUAGUUAGUUUCGUUUGGAAGACAAGCUCAGUUCACAGUUCACCAAGUUCAGCUCCAUUACUACAAUCUCACAAUGUCCCGCGAGCACAUGCUGUACGACGACAGGGCGCUCCAGUCCACGCCCAGCACUGCGUCCAACUACGCCGGAUCGCUCUCCAUCGGCGGCAGUGGCGUCGGAGUGCUGUUCGAGGGUCGCUUUGCAGAACGCACGCGCCACACAAUCACGGACGCGAGCGGUGCAAAGCACCGAUUCAUCAUCCUGCAUUGCGAUUACGUGAGCGCCUUCCGCAGGCAGUACGACGAGAAGGGCAAGGAAAUUGAAGCCAACCAGGGCAAGACGACCAAGGUCAACACGGGCUACCUCAACAGCUCGUACAAGCUCAAGGACUCGGAUGCCGAUGCUGUUUCGGUCGAUCAGCUGCAUCGUAUGGUUGCACCAACCGUGUCCAAGCUCGCACGACCGGGACACGCGACGUCUGGAAAAACGCUCGAGUUCUGGGGCGAGGAAGACGUCCUGAAAAAGUUUGAGUUCUACAAGGGCGACGGCGUGCGUCUCAAGACUCGCGGCGAGUCGCCGUUCAUCGAAACCAUCGCACGCCUGGACACGGCCACCUCGCAAAUCGCAAACUACAGCGGCGAUCAGCCGGUCGGCCAGUCUUGGACUGACAAGCUGAUGACCAAGGGCAAGCAGACCGAGGCCAACCUCAGCACCAAGGACAAGGCCGGCGCGAGCGCCGACGACAGCGAGUGGGAUUGAGUGAUUGAAGCUUUUUUUUUUUUUUUUGCUUUGUGCAUGGUGCGUCAUCCCUACGCAACGUGCCUCCGUGACUCAUUCCGUAAAAUGACCAGAACGAUUCAAAAUCCACAAUUUCAAAAGACGACAGCCGUGUGAGAGAAAAUGCUCAAUGAAUAAAUUAGUGUCAACGAGGAAGAACACAUCCAAGCACAACAGAAACGAGAAAUUAAAAAAAAC